CUAUUUUCAUACUACAUGGUUUGUCCCUCCCAUAAUCCUUCAGUUAGUAACAAUAUGGCGGCUCCCGGCAGGCACUUACGACAUUGCAUCCAGAGAAACCGACGAUUUCUGCUUUUUAACCUUGAACAAUUGUGGGGAAACAGGAGUUUUGGUUGUUUUCCAGCUCUGCGACAACAAGCCACAGAAGUUACUAAAGAGCCGACUGAGUCUGUUGUCGUUCCCAGGAGGAAAACAUGGAGCAAAGAAGCAGUUUUGGAGGCGCUGGCUUCAACUGUCAGCAGGGAUCCCAUUGCCUAUCCCUACCAGUUCCAGGAUGAUCCAUACCUGUCUCCCAGGACUUAUUAUGAGUCUAAGCUGUACUCUGUCUCCCAGGAAUCCGGCAGAUCUUCAGCCAAAUGGUUUGUCAACAACAAUCCCAAGUUCUUCACCACAGACUUUGCUGCACCACACAUACCUUGUUUGAUGCCGGAGUCCGUGUCACUGCUUCUUGAGGAGGUGAGCGAGGAGGCGCUGACGGAGCGAAUUAACCUGAGGAGAAUUACAGCAGCUGUUGACAUGUACGACCAACUGCUGCAGGCUGGCACAGCAGUCUCCAUGGAAACAACCCACGACCUGCUGGACCUCAUCUGUUUCUAUGGCGACAGGGACCCUGUGGAGGAGGGGGAACAACAGACGGAGGACGCAGAGGAGGGCGGAGACGAGGCGAAGAGACAAAGGGUGAAGACACGUCAAGCGACAGACGUCCCGAAGACCUGGAAAGAAAACAACAACGCAGAGAGGAUCUUCAACCUGCUGCCGGAGAGAGACGCCCGGUGUUACUCAGCUCUGAUCAGAGGGAUGGUGAAGCACGGAGCCUACACAAAGGCAUUCAGCACCUACGUAGAUUUGCUCAACAACAGGCUGACGGCUGACGUCCACACCUUCAACGCUCUGAUCUUAGCAGCUCCAGAUGUCCGAGACAAGUACAACGAGAAAUGGGACCUCAUUACCGAGCUGUUGACUCAGAUGAAUCAACAGAAAGUUCGUCCCAACCUCCAGACUUUCAACAACGUCCUGAUCGCUCUGAAACGCUGCGGAUUUCUGGCCAAAAGUCAAGCUCUGCACACGCUGAACGAGAUGAAGGCCCUGGGCAUCGCUCCCAGCUUGGCCUCCUACAACCACAUCCUGACCAUCUUCUUCAGACCAGCUUCCUCCGGCCCCAGCAGCGCUGACAUUUUACAGGAAGUGAUGAGGGAGCUGGAAGGAAGCAGCGUCACCUGCCGGGACCCCAAGGAUGUUUGGUUCUUCACCAGCGCAAUGAGAGUCUGUCUGGACAGUAAAGAUCUGGAUCUGGGUUAUAAAGUGCAGAGUUUAGUGGAAGUUGGAGAGAACUGGAGGCUGCUGGGAAAUUCCUACCAACAGAGUAUUUACUACAGCCGCUUCUUCUCCCUGUUGUGCAUGAUGGAGCACAUUGACGUGGUGUUGAAGUGGUACAGACGCCUCAUCCCUUCGCUUCACUACCCCACCUCUCAGGGAAUAAGGGACCUGCUGCAGGCUCUGGACACAGACAGCCGCCUCGACCUGCUGCCCACCAUAUGGAAAGAUAUCAAAACCUUUUGCCAAGACAAGUUUGAGCCGGUGGAGGAGCUGCUCGGCCUGAUGAGCAGAGACAAACACAGUCCUGAGGUUCAGGAAUCUUUUGCUGAGUGUGCUCUGGAUGUGAAGAGCUUAUUUGAUAGGAUGCCGACUCUGGAGUGGAGCGGCGCCUCCCUGUCGCACGCCACCACGCUGCUGCUGCGGGCCAACAAGACCCAGCAGGCCUGGGACAUGCUGCAGCUCUUCAAGGCCAAAAACAAAGUUCCUGCCAAGGAGCUGCUGAGCGACUUCCUGUCAGAGUGUCACAGCAGCGGUGACCCCCAGAGGGCGGUGGAGCUGGUCCAGCUGUCUGCAGCCUUCUGCCUGCCAACGUCAGAGCUUGCAAGGCGAACGAUGACCGAGUUCGAUCUGACCGAGGAGCAGAGAGCCGUCGUAUCUGAGCUGGAGGCUGCAGCAGAGCCCUCUGAAUGAACGAGACGACACCAGAUGAACAACAACACUCAAAACCUACAUGUUCUGUGCUUGUUUGCCUGUAUAAUAAAACUUGACAUAGAAACAA